GGGUCUUUCAGGAAUUUGGAUCUUCAGAACAAAAACUCGAGAUCCUCUUUCCCCAGCAGCCGGCGCCGCCUCCUCUCCCUACCGGCCGAGCACGAGCCUCGCCGCUCUUCGUCCCUAGGCUCCCGCCGGCCGCCUCCCAAGCUCCUCCGCUCCGAGUCCCGCCGUUGCCACCCCGAUCUCCCCCCACCUGAAGCUGAACAGGCCCUCUAAAUCCUCCGCCACGCUGACCCGCAAACCCGCAUGCCUCGCUCCCCGGGCUCCGCAGAAAUCAACCGUGGCAGUGGACCGGAAGCCCUAAACGGAGCCGCAACCCGACGGCUCGAGCGCCGCCGGCGAGCGGAGGCAGCCAAACUUAACCCCAGCCCUGCUGCUCGUCUCCCUGUUCCGCCUCUGGACACCGGGAUGCAGAACCCUAGCGGCCAACACCCCACCCCGGCCCCGGCAGGGGCGGGCAAGUCCAAAUCCUCGGCGCAGGCCGCGGCAGCGGCGUCGAGCCACGAUCGUCAGCCUUCUCCGGCCACGCCGGUGACUGCCAAGUCUAAGUCCUCGGCGCAGGUCGCGGCAGCGGCCUCGGGCCAUGGCCAUCACUCCUCCCCGGUCACGCCGGCCGCGACCAAGUCCAAGUCCUCGGCACAUGCCGCGGCGUCAGGCCAACCAUCCUCCUCCCACCACCACCACUCUGGUGGUGCCCCCGAUGCAGCCGCCUCGAGCCUUAAGCGCAAGCGUGGAAUGUUCCAGAAAGACUUGCAGCACAUGAUGUAUGGGUUUGGAGACGAUCCAAAUCCACUUCCAGAAACAGUUACACUUGUGGAGGACAUUGUCGUGGAAUAUGUCACUGAUCUUGUCCACAAGGCCCAGAAUGUCGCAUCAAAGCGGGGAAAGCUGUUGACAGAGGAUUUUCUUUACCUCAUUCGUAAGGAUAUGCGAAAAUUGCAUCGUGCUACUGAGCUACUCUCCAUGAAUGAAGAGCUGAAGCAAGCAAGGAAAGCUUUUGAUGUGAAUGAAGAAACACUAGUUGUAACUAACGAGUGAUACCUCGACGACAAGCUCUAGAGACACUAAAAUUAUCUGCAAUAUUUCAUUAACUGAUCGUACGAUGCAUAUUGCUUCCAGUGGACACUAAAAUUCAGCAUCCAUUUGUGUACUGGAAGGUUGUUUCCUGUAAAGUUGGCUUCAAGUAGCACUUUCCAAUUGAAGAAUGGAUAAUGUUGCGCUUUGCUGGGAAUGACUCUGGUUUCUGAUCUGAUCUGAUGUGAUGCUUAAUUGGCAAAAUCAAAUGUGGUAUUGUAAGAUAUGGUUCGAGUACAA